UAUAAACCGAGCACAUCGCUGCCAUUUAACUAAGUAACAAAUUUGAUUCGAAAGCGAAAAUGUCUUCUAUCAGAGUGCUAUUCUUAACAUGUUUCAUCGCCAUGGUAUUGGCAGAGGAGAGCUCUAGACCCUCAGUAUCAGUCUCUUCUGUUAGACCUACUAUUAGAGCCUUCUCGACAACAAUAAGACUAGUUCCAGACCAGAAAGCAGGAUAUCCGGAGAAGCUAAUGCUCCAGGCAGCCGGAGCCCUAACUGACGAUUCGAAAAGAGAUGCAUCUACAAUGAAACUCAACGAGGAAGUCAAAACCGACGAGAAACAGCUGGGCAAUCCUUUCCCGAGGGCUACUAUUGGAGAACCGAACGCCGAAUUGACUCCAAUUGAGGCAUUCAAGCAGAACAAAAUCGUCCCGGACGUGUGCCCCGAUGGUCCGGAAAAGGCGCUCGAAGUUAUUUACCCAUCGGCCAAGGAAGUGAAAUUCGGCAACGAAUUGACUCCCAAGCAGGUCCUCACAGCGCCCACCGUGAAAUACGACGCCGACGCCAACGCCUUCUACACUCUGAUCAUGACCGAUCCCGACGCGCCUAGCAGACUCAAUCCUAAAGCCAGGGAAUGGCAACAUUGGUUGGUGGUGAACAUCCCCGGAAACGACAUCUCCAAAGGAGACACUUUGAGCCAGUACGUGGGCUCGGCCCCGCCGAAGGGGUCCGGUUUGCACAGGUACGUUUUCCUGCUGUUCAAGCAGCCGGAAAAAGUGCAAUUCCACGAAACCCUGCACAACGCGAACGACGGCAAUCGCGGGAAAUUCAACACGAACAGCUUCGCGGCCAAGUACAAUUUGGGGGCGCCCAUCGCGGGGAACUUCUUCGGGGCGCAGUACGACGAUACGGUGCCGGCCACUCACAAGAGAUUGGGAUUCUAAAUUAAUGGUUAAUGAGCUUUGACUAUUAAUGGAUUAAUUCUUGUGUUUAAUAUUAAUACGCUUUUUUAGCAGUAUUAAUCUCUUAUUAUGGUUAAUAUUAUGUAUUAUUACUGUUUGAGCAAUGGAAUGACAUUUCCUGUACUUACUAGAAAAAUAAAUAUGUUGAAUCAAUUACUCUACUGGUUUUGCAUAAAAAAUUAAUAAAAAAACGUAAUUAAAAAAGUAGAUGAAUUUUUUAGUAUAAUAAAUAAAAAUAAGCGCAAAAUUGAUUCCUAAAUUGUCAACAGGAUUUUUUUUAGAAAAAUACGUCCUCAUUAAAAAUAAAUUAGGAAAAUUCCGAGCAAAAUGUCUCAAAAAUCUUCUCAUACUUCGCAUCCUCUGGUGAUUUGGCGAAGCGUAACCUUGGAUUUUACAUAAUAAUUGUUUUUUUUUACAUUCUUAUAUAACAAUAAUUUAUACUAAAUUCGAAGCGCAAUUGAUUGAACUUUAUAACCUCAAAUCUAUCAAAUAUUUUCAUUUGCAGAAGUAACAAAAACUCAGAUAACACAAAAGCAAAAUAAAAAUCUAAAUCUUAGUGCAACAUUUAAGUUAUAAUGUUGAAAAAAGCGCAGAGUGUACUUACAUGCGCUAAGUACUUUCACAUAAAUUAGCGAGAUUUAGCGAACAAACAAAAUUUCUUGCAAUUUUCUAAAUGCGUUUCUAUAAGUUUAUUAUCUAUUCUUUCG